UCUGGAACGUUCCAUUACUUCCUUCUUUUUCUAUUCACUCCUGCUUUGUUGUGUGGCGUUUAACAUCCGUUUAGGUUUGUGUUUCUGCCUCUUUUCUAUAAAUUCCUGGGUAGCGAGGAAACUUUGACCGUAUUCAUCAUAAUAGGAUGAUGAAAUCAACCAUUAGUGUUGUUCAUACACUUUGACGCCAGAAGCAGAACUGAGCGCCCACCGAUUAACAAAAAUGGCCCCCCGUGUCUUCCUGAACGGUCACCUGAAGUGCACACCUGCCACUGAGCUCAAUAACCUCAGCUCUCAAGUGCGCAUGCGCUGUUCACUGGAAGCCUGACUGUCAUGGCGGAGGCGAGCGAAAGCUGCCGGGGUAAAUCAGGAAGAGAAAACAGCACAACUGGCUCAACGCUGACAUUUCACCAAGUCUCUGGAGUCUGCAGGGGGAGGACAGAGCGGAGCUGCGGUCUUUAGCGACUUCUGCCGGAGCUGGAGCCGCUGACGGACUUACCUUCCUCUGCUGUGAGCGAGUUUUCUGCCUCUGCCAGACGCUCUGUACCUGUCAACUGUGUGGAGUCAGUCACAAUAGCAACAACUUCCACUGUUUCGGUGGGGGAUUUAAAAAAAGUCUUCCUCUCUUUGUUUUUUCCACUGGACCGAGCAGAGGAGAAAAAGGGUGACGCCGUUCACCUGCAGCCUCCUCUGCUUACCUGCGGCACACUUCCCCUCUGCUUUUUUUAAACGACAUUAAUCCAUUUGUGCGGUAUCAAGUUACGGAGUGGGAAGUAUGAAGUGAAGCCGUUGACAUUUCCACGCUGUGCAGGACUGAAUAUAUUCAAACGACGUGUUUUAUUCCCCCAUUUUUCGAGGACACAACAGUUUUUUGGAUGGGGAGCCAAACGUUCGGCUUGUCAACAACACAGCUGAAGGGGACAUAGAUCCCGCUUUUGCCUCCGACCCGGGGCUCCUCUGUUGCCGUUAGAGGUGAACAGGUGCCUUACCUGUGAGCACCACCUGCCCUGCCGCUUCUUCAUCUCCUCCCAUUCUUAGUAAUGGCUUCCGAGGAAACGGCAACGGGCGCAGCGCUGCAGCCAGCCGAAGGAAAGGACGGGAAACCGGGCGCCAUGGCGCACAACCCCGGAGUACCCAUCAGGGGGAUCAGGAUGAAAUUUGCCGUGCUCACCGGCCUAGUGGAAGUUGGAGAAGUUUCCAGCAGAGACAUAGUGGAGACCGUGUUCAACCUGCUGGUCGGUGGCCAGUUUGACCUAGAGAUGAACUUCAUUAUCCAAGACCCGGACAGCAUUGUGUGCAUGGUGGAGCUUUUGGACAAGUGUGAGCCCACCUGCCAGGCUGAGGUCUGGAGCAUCUUCACUGCCAUCCUUAAGAAGAGUGUUCGCAACCUGCAGGCCUGCACCGAAGUGGGCCUCAUCCAACUGGUGCUGCAGCGAAUCACCACUACUGACAGCAUGAUAGCAGACCUGCUCGUUGACAUGCUGGGUGUACUGGCCAGCUACAGCAUCACAGUGAAGGAGCUGAAGCUUUUCUUCAGCAAGCUGCAGGGGCAGGAAGGCCAGUGGCCCCGUCAUGCAGUCAAACUCCUCUCCGUGCUGAAGUACAUGGCUCAUCGGAACGGUCCCGACUCCUUCUUCAGCUUCCCUGGAAAAAAUGCAGCAGCUAUAGCUCUGCCCCCCAUAGCAAAGUGGCCGUACCAGAAUGGCUUCACAUUCCACACAUGGCUCCGCAUGGAUCCUCUUAACAACAUCAACGUAGACAAAGACAAGCCUUAUCUGUACUGUUUUCGCACCAGCAAAGGCCUGGGCUACUCUGCACACUUUGUGGGCGGCUGUUUGAUAGUGACCUCAUUAAAAUCCAAAGGAAAAGGAUUCCAGCACUGUGUGAAAUAUGACUUCAAACCACAGAAGUGGUACAUGGUGACCCUCGUCCAUGUCUACAACCGCUGGAAGAACAGUGAAAUCAGCUGCUUUGUGAACGGAGAACUGGCCUCUUAUGGAGACAUCGCCUGGUUUGUCAACACCAGUGACACAUUUGACAAGUGUUUCUUGGGGUCUUCGGAGACGGCAGAUGUCAACCGUGUGUUCUGCGGACAGAUGGGUGCGGUUUACCUUUUCGGAGAAGCUCUGAGUGCUGCUCAGAUUUUAGCCAUUUAUCAGCUGGGUCCAGGAUACCAGGGCACCUUUAAGUACAAGGCCGAGAGCGACCUGCUGUUUGCCGAGCAUCACAAGACUUUACUGUACGACGGCAAACUGUCUUCUUGUAUCGCCUUCACGUACAACCCUCGGGCCACAGAUGCUCAGCUCUGCCUGGAGUCCUCCCCCAAGGACAACGCCUCCAUUUUCGUCCAUUCCCCUCAUGCUCUCAUGCUGCAGGACGUCAAGGCUGUGGUGACUCACUCUGUCCAGAGCGGCAUACACUCCAUUGGAGGUGUGCAGGUUCUCUUCCCUUUGUUUGCACAGCUGGAUUAUCGCCAGCCUUCCAGUCAGGAGCUGGACACUUCUGUCUGCUGCACUCUGCUGUCCUUCGUGAUGGAGCUGCUGAAGAACUCCGUGGCCAUGCAGGAGCAGGUCCUGGCCUGCAAGGGCUUCCUGGUCAUUGGCUACACGUUGGAGAAGUCUUCCAAGUUGCACGUGACCCGCCCCGUCCUGGAAAUUGUGCUGGCCUUUUCCAGAUAUCUAAGCAACCUGCCGAAUGGCAUCCUGCUGCUGAAGCAGCUCUGCGAUCACAUUCUGUUCAACCCCAUCAUCUGGAUCCAUGCCCCCGCCAAGGUUCAACUGACCCUCUACACCUACCUGGCGACAGAGUUCAUCAGCACAGUGACCAUCUACAACGCCAUUCGCAGGGUGGGCACUGUGCUUCAGGUCAUGCACACGCUCAAAUACUACUACUGGGUCGUCAACCCCCAGGACCGCAGUGGGGUCAUGCCCAAAGGCACAGAUGGUCCCAGGCCAAACCACAAGGAGAUUCUGUCUCUGAGAGCUUUUCUGUUGUUGUUCAUCAAACAACUCAUAAUGAAGGAUCAUGGAGUCAAAGACGACGAGCUGCAGAGCAUCCUCAACUACCUCCUCACCAUGCACGAGGAUGACAAUCUCAUGGACGUCCUGCAGUUGUUGGUUGCACUCAUGUCUGAACACCCAGGCUCAUUGGUCCAGGCUUUCGACCAGCGAAAUGGAAUUCGAGUACUUUACAAACUUUUGGCUUCAAAAAGUGAAGGAAUCCGAGUGCAGGCGCUCAAAGUGAUGGGCUACUUUCUCAAAUAUCUGCCACUGAAGAGGAAGUCUGAGGUCAUGCUGAGUCACGGCCUCUUCUCCCUGCUCACUGAACGCCUGAUGCUGCACUCCAGCCAGUUCUCCAUGACAACGUACAACGUGCUCUUUGAGAUCCUCACGGAGCAGAUCUGCACUCAAGUGAUCCAUAAACAGCAUCCGGACCCCGACUCCACCGUGAAGAUUCUCAACCCACAGAUUCUGAAGGUAGUAGCUGCUCUGCUGAAGACCGCUCCCCCGUCUCCUGAGAGCAUGGAGGUGCGGCGGCUCUUUCUGUCAGACAUGAUCAAACUGUUCAAUAAUAGCCGAGAGAACCGCAGGAGCCUGCUGCAGUGCUCCGUGUGGCAGGAGUGGAUGCUCUCUCUCUGCUACAUCAACCCCAGAAACAACGAGGAGCAGAAAAUCACAGAGAUGGUCUACGCCAUCUUCCGCAUCCUCCUUUACCACGCCAUCAAAUACGAGUGGGGUGGCUGGCGCGUCUGGGUGGACACGCUGUCCAUCACCCACUCCAAGGUCACCUUUGAGCAGCACAAAGAGAAUCUGUCCCGCAUGUUCUGUCAGUACCAGAAGUUCGAUUCCGCUGGUUCCCCCAGCAUAAUUCGAACCGUCUCUGGUGCCAGCCAAAGCUCCCAGAACGGAGCGUCAGCAGAGGAGGUGGCUCCCUCCACUGUUAUCGAGCUCAGAGUGGACAAGUUGUCACAAAACACCUCGGAGUUGGCGCCUGGUUCCAGCAUGGCCUCCGGCGUGCAGGAGACUGCUGAUGAGAGGGGAAACGCAGCCAUCACUGUGUCCAACAUCUUAGCCAGGUCUGACGAGGAAGAGCAGAGUCCUGUCGAAGGAACCUCUCCUUUUGGUUCAGGUGUUGGACAAGAGAGCAGCCCUGCAGCAACAGACAAAACGAACACCGCAGAAGAGAGUGAAGAAACCAAACCCUCACAGUCAGAGGAAGCUGUGACUGAGAGUUCCAGCGAAGACCUGAAAGCAGCCACUGAGCCGUGUGACGCAGUGGACAUGAAAGAAGUGGACCUGGUCAGACACCCUGCAGGAGACAACAAAGGUGAAUCGGUGAACGCCAUGGCAGAAGACUCCUUAAAUGAAGAGCAGACGGAUUCAUCAGUGAUUUCAGGACAAGACCAAACAUCACCUGAGACUUCAGAGUGUCAGGAGGACGUUGCGGCAGGUGGAGCUUCCAUUUUCAAAGAGGACCUGGUCGAUGUGUCUUCUGUUAGCGAUCAGAUCACCCAAAGCGAUGCUGAAGAAAACCAAGCCGACUCCUCAUCUACCUCUGCUGCUGCUGGAGAUGAAGGAGAGACAUCGGAGAAGGAGGAAAAUAAAAGUGCAGGCGAUGAAGGCAAACAGAGUGAAAGUGAAGAAAAAGAGCUCACAUCCAAAACUACAGAGGAUGAAACUUUGAAGGACCCGAUCAAGGAAAACACUGAAGAGAGUCAAACUGAAGCUAAAGCAGUCUCUGAUGUGGAGACAGCUGCGUCAGAAACACCUGAGCAACAUGUGACUGAACCAUCUGAAGAAUCAGGUCUAAACCAACAGCCUGCUGCCACAGAAUCCACUGUGUCAGAGCAGCAAACUCCGGACACCGCACCACCGUCCACUGGCCAGGCGGCUGCAGAAGGAUCAGAGUCCACCUCACCUGGACAAACCGCAGCCUCGUCCGGUACUCCAGAGGGCAGCACAGUGGCCUCCAACACUGAAGAAUCUGUCACCAAGACCAAAGAGAUUAAAAUCGCCAGACUGGAUGUGUCCAACGUGGCCUUGGACACCGAGAGACUGGAACUGAAGGAGACCACUACCACAGUUCAAGUUCAGUCAACAACAACAACAACAUCAUCAGCAGCAGCAGCAGCAGCAGGAAGCUCUUCAGAUCAGACAACGAGAGACGGCAGCGGCUCCGCUCCUCGCUCCACUAUGUUCCGUAUCCCAGAGUUCCGAUGGUCCCACAUGCACCAACGCCUACUCACUGACCUGCUGUUUUCUAUUGAGACGGAAGUCCAGAUGUGGAGGAGUCACUCCACCAAGACAAUCCUGGACUUUGUGAACAACAGUGAGAACGUCAUCUUUGUCCACAACAGCAUCCACCUCAUCUCCCAGGUGUUGGACAACCUCAUCAUGGCCUGUGGAGGCAUCUUACCUCUGCUCUCUGCUGCCACCUCCUCCUCCCAUGAACUGGAGAACAUUGAGCCGUCCCAGGGUCUGUCAGUGGAGGCUUCAGUCACCUUCAUGCAGCGCCUCAUCAACCUGGUGGACGUUCUCAUCUUUGCCAGUUCCCUCAACUUCACAGAGAUAGAGGCAGAGAAGAACAUGUCAUCAGGAGGAAUCCUUAGGCAGUGCCUUCGUCUUGUUUGUGCGAUCGCAGUCAGAAACUGUCUGGAGUGUCAGCAAGCCAAGUGCAAGCAAGACUCCGAAGGCAAAGUCUGUCACUACACAGCUGUGCCCAGCAACAUGCUUGGGACGGCCAAGUCUGCGUCUGCACAGAGUCCUGUUGACGCAGUGACAGGUGGAAUGUCUCCAGUCAGGGACCUGGACCGACUGCUGCAGGACAUGGACAUUAACCGCCUCAGGGCCGUCGUCUUCAGAGAUAUUGAGGACAGUAAGCAGGCUCAGUUUUUGGCGCUCGCCGUGGUUUACUUCAUCUCCGUGCUCAUGGUGUCCAAGUACCGUGACAUCCUGGAGCCUCACAAUGACAAGAAGAACCUUCAGAGAUCCCAGUCUGCAAAGAGCACAGACAGUGCUGCUGUGUCCGGUGUGCUGGAAGUAGAGAACGGCGUCUCCCUCCGCCGCUACGACUCAGGCAUCGGUGACGACCACACCUCAACAGCUGUGAGUGAGGCGGACCUGUCAUCAUCCAGUGUCACUCACGGACCAGACGCCAUCUCGGAGGCCUUGUCCGCGCUGUCGUCUGAGGUCAGACCCUCCGGUGCUGCCGGCGAUUCAAAGGGCAAAAAUGUGAAGGACAUUCUCCGCAGCCUGGUUAGCGCUCAGGGUGAUGACAUCAUGGUGGAUCCAAGUCUGCUGCCGUCGGCGUUUCUGGGAAGCAUGGAGGAUGCAGCCCGAGAACAGUCCAUUUCUUUUGACAGGAGUGUUGUGGUGGCACCUAGGAUAGCAGGAAAGGCGCCAUCUCCAGGCACCUCCACACCCAUCCCAGCAGCCACUGCUUCCUCCGUGUCAGCUGGGACACCUAUGGAAGGUGUUGCCGUGGUAUCUACCACUGAUGCCUCUGAGGGCGUUUCUGCAGACUCUGCAGCUUCAGGCGGCCAGGUUCCAGGCAGCUCCAGUCUGCCAUCUGUCCCCCCACCGUCCCCUGUGACCCAGAACACAGCCCACAAUAUGAGUAUCUCUGAGCGUCUGGAGCACGCUCUGGAGAAGGCCGCUCCGCUCCUGAGAGAAAUAUUUGUGGACUUUGCCCCCUUCCUCUCUCGGACCCUGCUGGGCAGCCACGGACAGGAGCUCCUCAUCGAGGGCACAAGCCUGAUGUGUAUGAAGUCCAGCAGUUCCGUCGUGGAGCUCGUCAUGCUUCUGUGUUCACAGGAAUGGCAGAACUCUAUCCAGAAGAACGCCGGCCUUGCCUUUAUCGAGUUGGUCAACGAGGGCAGAUUGCUGAGUCACACCAUGAAGGACCACCUGGUCCGUGUGGCCAACGAAGCAGAGUUUAUCCUCAGCCGACAGAGAGCUGAAGACAUCCACAAACACGCAGAGUUUGAGUCCAACUCUGCUCAGUAUGCAGCCGAGAAGCGAGAUGAGGAGAAAAUGUGUGACCAUCUCAUCCGCGCGGCCAAGUAUCGUGACCAUGUGACAGCAACACAGCUCAUCCAGAAGAUAGUCAACAUUCUGACUGACAAACACGGAGCCUGGGGAAACUCUGCCUUAAGCCGGCCGAGGGAGUUCUGGCGCCUGGACUACUGGGAGGACGAUUUAAGGCGGCGACGUCGCUUCAUCAGGAACCCCUUUGGAUCUGCUCACUCAGAGGCGACGCUCAAAGCUGCAGCUGAACAUGUGGCUGAUGUCAAUGCGUCCGAGGAGGAUAUUCUCAAAGGCCAGCAGUCCAUCAGGAGUCACGCUCUGGGCAAUCAGAACUCAGAGAGUGACUCACUGCUGGACGGAGACGAUGACACUCUGUCCAGCCUGGAGGAGAAGGACCUGGAGAACUUGACAGGCCCAGUCAACGUGAGCACCAGCGCUCACAUGGUGUCUCCGGCCGUGGUGGUGAAGGGAACCCUGUCCAUCACCUCCUCUGAGCUCUACUUCGAGGUGGACGAGGAGGACCCGGGCUUCAAGGCCAUCGACCCAAAGAUUCUUACUUAUACCGAAGUUCUGCACGGGAAAUGGAUCUUCACCGAGAUCCGUGCCGUGUUUUCAAGGCGGUACCUGCUCCAGAACACGGCUCUGGAGAUAUUCAUGGCCAACAGAACUGCAGUCAUGUUUAACUUCCCUGAUGCAGCCACUGUGAAGAAGGUUGUUCACAGUCUUCCUCGUGUUGGAGUCGGAACCAACUUUGGGCUUCCUCAGACCAGGCGAAUCACCUUGGCCACACCAAAGCAGCUUUUCAAAGCAUCCAACAUGACUCAGCGUUGGCAGCGUCGGGAAAUCUCCAACUUUGAGUACCUCAUGUUUCUCAACACGAUCUCUGGUCGAACUUUCAACGACCUAAACCAGUACCCAGUCUUCCCGUGGGUCAUCACCAACUACGACUCAGAAGAACUCGACCUGACUCUGCCCAGCAACUUCAGGGAUCUGUCCAAGCCUAUCGGUGCUCUGAAUCCCAAGAGGGCGGCGUUCUUUUCUGACCGAUAUGAGUCAUGGGAGGACGACCAGGUUCCUAAGUUCCACUACGGCACCCACUACUCCACCGCCAGCUUCACGAUGAUGUGGUUGAUACGCGUUGAACCCUUCACCACGUUCUUCCUCAACUUCCAAGGAGGGAAGUUUGACCAUGCUGACCGCACCUUCUCCUCCGUGUCCCGAGCCUGGAGGAACUGUCAGAGAGACACAUCAGACGUUAAGGAGCUGAUCCCAGAGUUCUACUACCUUCCUGAGAUGUUUGUCAACGCCAACAGUUACAACCUGGGAGUGAUGGAAGAUGGAACCAUGGUUUCUAACGUGGAGCUGCCGCCCUGGGCCAAGAGCCCAGAGGAGUUUGUCAGGAUCAAUAGCCUGGCCCUGGAGAGCGAGUUCGUCUCCUGCCAGCUCCACCAGUGGAUCGAUCUGAUCUUCGGCUACAAACAGCAGGGACCUGAAGCCACCAGAGCCCUGAAUGUUUUCUAUUAUCUGACCUACGAGGGCGCCGUCAACCUCAGCUCCAUCAGUGACCCCAUACUCAGAGAGGCCGUGGAGUCUCAGAUCAGGAGUUUUGGACAGACCCCGUGUCAGCUGCUGAUCGAGCCGCACCCACCCCGCAGUUCAGCCAUGCAAGUGACUCCCAUGAUGUUCACGGACCAGAUGCAGCAGGACGUCAUCAUGGUGCUGAAGUUCCCCUCAAACUCCCCCGUCACCCACGUCGCAGCCAACACCCAGCCGGGCCUGACGUCACCCGCCAUCGUCACGGUCACCGCCAACCGUCUGUUUGCUGUGAACAAGUGGCACGGCCUGACAGGUCAUCAGAGCCCAGCCGUGCAGGACCAGCAGUACCAACUUCCUGUGGAAAUCGACCCACUAAUAGCCGCCUACGUCGGCAGCCACCGACGUCAGAUCCCAGACCUGCUGGAUCAGAGCAUCCACAUCAGCUCACAGUGCUUCGUCAUCACGGCCGACAAUCGCUUCAUCCUCCUGUGUGGUUUUUGGGACAAAAGCUUCAGGGUUUACUCCACGGACACAGGCAAACUGACUCAGAUAGUGUUUGGCCACCGUGACGUGGUGACGUGUCUGGCUCGCUCCGAGUCGUACAUCGGAGGAGACUGCUACGUCCUGUCAGGAUCCAGAGAUGCCACGCUGCUCCUGUGGUACUGGAAUGGAAAGCAGAGCAGCAUCGGAGAGAGCCUCGGCAGAGAGUUUACCACGCCGCGGGCCAUCCUGACCGGCCAUGACUGCGAGGUGACGUGUGCGAGUGUGUGUGCGGAGCUGGGUCUUGUCAUCAGUGGCUGCAAAGAGGGUCCUUGUCUGAUCCAUUCCAUGAAUGGAGACCUGCUGCGGACCCUGGAGGCCCCACAACAGUGCACGAGACCUCGUCUCAUCCAGUCGUCCACCGAGGGACACUGUGUGAUUUACUAUGACAAGGGACAGUUCUGUCUCUUCAGCAUCAACGGCAAACUGCUGGGACACAUGGAGGUGGAAGACAGCAUCAAGUCCAUGCUCCUCAGUCGUGACGGUCAGUACCUGCUGACGGGUGGAGACGGAGGUGUGGUGUCCGUCUGGCAGGUCUACAACUUCCACCAGCUGUUCACCUACCCUGGCUGUGACGCUGGGAUCCGCUCCAUGGCCUUGUCACAUGACCAAAGGUGCAUCAUAACUGGCAUGGCGUCAGGAAGUAUCGUCCUCUUCUACAACGACUUCAACAGGUGGCACCACGAGUACCAGACCAGGUACUGACGUGUACACGGCAGCAGCCGGACUGACAGAGACACUGACUGAGACACUGACACUGAGUCGGACACUGAAGACCACCCUGACAUUCAGAGGAGCGACCCCUCAUUAUCAAAAGCACUGUCCAGUCUUUUUUGUUUAUCCUGAAUGUAUCUUGUGGGGAAAAAAAACAACAACUUAAAAGUAAAAGAAAAAACUAUUUUUUAAAAAGGGCAUUACUAUCUUUUGUAGACCAGAUUAGAAAAAGAAAAUCAUAUCUAUCAUAGGAUGAGAAUGAUGAUGACGUGUGUGAUUAAUGACAAAAUCUGUUCUUAGCUGUGAGAAUCUAUUUUCAUCUCCUGGAAAGUUGAAAAAAGUUAAACUAAUGGGGUUAGUGUGUUUUGUUUUUUUUUUUCAGUAUAAAAUCCAGUUAUUUAUGUACUUAAGGGCAAAUGAUUUUUUUUUCUGUAGAAGUGUUUGUGGGGGUCAGGGGGGGGGGUUCUGAGGUUAUUAUCUAUUGUUUUGGGGGGUUUGGCCAGUUUGGCAGCACAUUAAUUAGAUACUAAAUGUCUGAAUGAAAAUGUGCUAUAAAAGAAGGAUAAAUGAAGAGGGAAUUUACUUAUAAAUUGAAAUUUAAAAAAAUCAUGUUUAAAUAUAGUCUUGCAUAUUUAUAAUUUCUAACUCCUAGCUAGCAUUUCUGUGCACGGCUGAUUUAUAAAUAAUAAUCCCAAUUAUUGUUAAACUUCAGUCGUCAAUAAUAAAAUUGAUAAUAAA